CAAGUGUGUUCAUGGCAUAGCUACCAAUAGAAAUGUGAUUCCAUUUUCAAAACAUCAUGCCCCAACCAUUUCGUGCGGUGUUUGUUUCGAUUGGGUUGUGCAUUAAAUCGUACUGAAAUUCGACCGUUGAGAAAUUAACUUCUUGAGAACGGGCACAACUUACGAGUACUCCUAACAAAUUAGAAGCGGCUCACCUCGGAGCUCUCUAUUCGUUGCGUGAGUUCGGUGGCCGCCAAAGAAUCACCAACACAGAAGUAUUUCCAGGAAUCGCCGGUUAGUCACACCUUUUACAAUUGCAAUUUGGCCGGCGAACGCAGAAGGUUUUGUUUACGAGCAGUGUUAACUCGUCGCAAUUACUGUGCGUCUUCGUAUCGGGUCUCGCGAAAAUGGUGCUAAAAACGUGCGGAACCAACAUUGUGCGUAACGUUGGCCAACUUUGGGUGCGCUUUUCCAUUCUCCGACAGCCAAGGGCUAGUAAAGUGUCCACAGUGCGUUCGUUUGCCGGCGUUGUUCAAAACACAAAUCACCCCGGCAACCAAUCGAUCGAUCGGCGGCGCGCUUCAACGUCGUUGUUCGCCGAACAGUUACUUUCAAACGGUAGAUUCGAAAGCACGGGCCCCGCGAACAGCAGAAUGUCGAUCGCGACGUACGAAGAGGUGCUGGAUUUACCCAAUCAUCCCGAGAAGCUGCUGAUCGACGUACGCAAUCCGGACGAGCUGGCCGAAACGGGCCAAAUUCCAACGAGUAUCAACAUUCCACUGCCGCAGCUGGAAGAAGGACUGAAGCUAGGCGAGGCUGAAUUCAAGGCCAAGUUCGGUCGUGAUAAACCCGUGCCCGGAGCCGAAAUAAUCUUCCACUGCAAGAUGGGUGGUCGAGCCCAGAGAGCGGCCGAUCUUGCAGGCAGCUUGGGUUUUUCAAAGUACGUACACAUUGGAGCCCCUUUGCUGCUCAAUUCGUUUGUUUAUAUUGUUGGAUUUCGUCGAGAGGGAGGUUUGGAUUUCAUUGCCGUGCGACGCGCCCGCAACUACAAGGGAUCUUGGACCGAGUGGGCCGCCAAGCAGGGAAUGUGAGCAGCGCCACCGUUACCCAUACCAGCACGUUCCAGCAUCAGCGAGCAACCCAGUGCACCGGCAGUGAUCAGGGAUAUUUUGCUUAGAAUGCCUUUUUGUGAGCAUACAUUCCGUUUGUUGACUGAAAUAAGCAGAAAAUGCUGUGUUGCGUUUCGUUUAUUGCAGAUGACUAGCAAAGUGUUACAAAGCAUCCAUUGUUAUUGCAGAGUUUCCCUGGAGUGCUUUGUAAAUAAAUAAUCGCUUAAUCGCA